AAUGAUAACACGAUAUUGACGUCGGAAUAUGAAAUCGAUGGCAUGUGUUCAAAGGUAAACGGCUAUCUCCCCGACCUUUCUCGCUUUUUCUUUGUACGGAACUUAACGGUUUCCCUCACUAAAUUCACAGUGACCAUUUUUACAAACUGGACGAAGGAGUACAGACUUGAUCUUAAUAUUGCAGUCGAUGGCGUCAAGAUUCGGACUAUCAAUAAUCUUAAAAUUUUAGGUGUGACUUUUAACAGUCUGUGCUCCUGUACUCCUCAUACGAACGCGAUUAUCGCCAAUAUACAGAGCCGCAACAAAAUCGUCAAGUCGCUAGCAGGCAGCACAUGGGGAAGAGACAAAGAAACGUUGUUGGCAACUUACAAGGCAGUCGGACGCCCGGUCCUAAACUACCCAAUAUGGUCGCCUCGAUGCAAUGAAACGCAGACGAGGAAGCUCCAGACCAGUCAGAAUACUGCACUCCGAUCUACGACAGGAUGCCUCUUCAUGUCUCCUAUCGAACACCUGCAUAGUGAUGCCCUUAUGCUCCCAGUUAAAGAACAUAAUGAACUACUCUCCAAACAGUUGCUGCUGGGGUGCUUUUACAGAAAUCAUCUUCGCAGUCACCUGCUUGGGACGGAACCGCCUCAUAAGAAUAUCAAGAGGUCAUUCCUCAACUACGAUGACGACAUCACAAGCCGAGCCGAUUUUGGACGCAACAAAUUUCAGACAUACACAGGGGAUUAG